UUGGACCUCCAAAGGUUACCUAGCGCUAAUCAGUGCUGGCGGCUGGUUUUUGUCUCUCUUUAACAGACCUUCCGAGAAGGCGCUGGUUCUCUCCCCCAGGUUAUGGCUGCCCAGAUUCUCUUUUAAAUAAGUGUAUUCACUCUCUCAGACCCUUCAUGCUCCCCAGCAUCUCUCUCAAGCUGUGGUUUCACUGAGCUACACUGGAAUUUCCUCUUCUCGGUAUUUCACAGUUCACAUCUACCUUCUUUUAUUCUUUAACUUUCAUUAAAUUCUGAUUUGAUCUCUUGAUUGUUUUCUGUUGCCAUAGUUUUUUUUUUUUGAACUCUAAUUUUCCUUUCUAUAUUCUGGUAUUCUCUUGUUCAACUGGUCUUCUAGGUAUUCUAUUGUUUCUUGCACAUCUAUACAACUAAGAACUACAGAACUUUUAGGUCUAAGUCAAGGUUUGUUUUAUUUUAUUUUAUUUUUUAUAGCGUUGUCCUUGUAAUCUCUACUGUAUGUUUAUCUCUCUCUUCAAUUCUGGAUUCUCCCACUAGUUCAAUUGGUUUUUUUGGUUCUUUAUCGUUUCGUGCACAUUUAUUCAGCUGAGAUCUACUCAACUGUUUAAAAUUAGGUCAAGACUUUUUCCUAUUUUAAUUUUUAAAAAUAUCUGGGAAACGUGAGCCUUAGGUUUCUUAUCUUGUCCUGAUUGCUUUUCCUCAAAUUGUUUGGGAACCGAAAGAACUGUUGUUGUUCAUCAUGGAUACCCUUCUCCAAGAAUUUCCUAAUUCCAUGAAUAGAUUCAAGCUGGGCAAUAAAUUUGACCAUUUCCCAAUUUCUUUCUCUCCAAAUAGUAAUCUUCUUAGAGGGCAUGAGCUCAAUAAUAACUUGAGUAUUCCUUAUUCCCCCUCUCCUUCAUUUGAUCCACAACCUCCUAAUGACUUCACAUCAUCAUCUUCUUCGUCCUUGAGCUCAGAAGGACAUGAUCCAAAUAAUAAUGUUGUUCUUAAGUACAUAAGUGAUAUGCUUAUGGAAGAGGACUUAGAGGGCAAAACCUGUAUGUUGCAGGACUGUUUGGCCCUCCAAGCUGCUGAGAAAUCCUUCUAUGAUGUCCUUGGUCAGGAAUAUCCCCACUCCUUGGAUCACUGUUCUCAAAAUGUUGAAAGUCCUGUUGAUAAUUCACCUUGGAGUAGCAGUGUUGAUAGCAGCAAGACCUAUCCAGCUGCUGUAAACACUUCAGUUGAAAAAUCAAAUUGGAUUUUUGAUCAAGGAAUUCAAAGUUCUCUUAUUGACUCCCCUGAAAGUGCCCUUGGAGGACCAGAUUUCCACAGUGAGAUACAACCAUUAACAGUGUUCAGGCAAGGGAUAGGAGAUGGUGAUUCUUUGGUAUUGGCACCAAAGAGCAACUCAGACAUGGAGAGAGAUUACUCACCAAAUAGUUCACAGGGAAGGAAAAAUCAUCAACGUGAGGAUGGUGAUUAUUUAGAAGAAGGGAGGAACAACAAGCAUUCUGCUAUUUCUCUUGCAGAGUCUGAGCAGUCGGAGAUGUUUGAUAGGGUAUUGCUUUGUUCAAGUGAAAACAAUGAGUCUGAAACUUGUGCUGUUCAUGAAAAGUCACAGAAUGGAGCAAGCAGGAAAGGAUCUAAUGGUAGAACGGCGCGAGGAAGGAGACAGGCAAACAAAGGAGAAGUGGUGGAUUUGCCAACUCUGCUAAACCAGUGUGCACAAGCUGUGGCAGUCAGUGACCAAAGGACUGCAACGGAGCUACUUAGGCAGAUUGGGCAACAUUCUUCAGUUUAUGGGGAUGGAAACCAAAGAUUGGCAUAUUACUUUUCCAAGGCCCUCGAGACACGUUUGGCUGGUACUGGGACACCUAAAUAUACACUACUUGUAGGCAACAAGACGCCAGUUUCUGAUAUCUUAAAAGCUUACCAGGCAGAGAAAGCAACUAGACUCCACAUUAUUGAUUUUGGAAUUCUUUAUGGUUUUCAAUGGCCUUGCCUUAUCCAGCGCCUCUCAGAAAGGCCUGGUGGACCUCCAAAGUUGCGAAUUACAGGAAUUGAGCUCCCUCAACCCGGUUUUCGCCCUGCAGAAAGGGUGGAGGAAACUGGUCGUCGCUUACAAAGAUAUUGUGAGAGGUUUAAUGUCCCAUUUGAGUAUAGUGUGAUAGCACAGAAAUGGGAAACCAUCAAAUAUGAGGAUCUCAACAUUGACAGAGAUGAGAUGACUGUUGUUAAUUGUUUGUAUCGGUUGAGGAAUCUCCCUGAUGACACUGUUGUGGCAAACAGUGCAAGAGAUGCUGUCCUAAAAUUGAUCAGGAGUAUCAGACCUGACUUUUUUAUCCAUGGAGUUGUUAAUGGUACUUAUAAUGCUCCAUUCUUUGUCACUCGGUUUCGGGAGGCACUCUUCCACUUCUCUUCUAUGUUUGAUAUGUUUGAGGUUAACAUUUCUCGCGAGGAUGAGCAGAGAAUGCUGUAUGAGAAAGAAGUAUUUGGAAGAGAUAUCAUGAAUGUCAUAGCAUGUGAGGGUACAGAGAGGGUUGAAAGGCCAGAGACACACAAGCAGUGGCAGGUUCGGAAUAUCAGAGCUGGGUUCAGGCAGCUUUUAUUAGAUCAGGAGAUUUUGAAGAAAGUGAGAUCCACAGUGAGAUCAGAGUAUCACAAGGAUUUUGUUGUAGAUGAAGAUGGCCGGUGGAUGCUACAGGGAUGGAAGGGGAGAAUCAUCUAUGCUCUUUCAGUUUGGAAACCAGUCCAAGAGUAACAUGAAGAUAUGCUCCUAACUUCUUAGGAUAAGUGAUUUAUUUUAUGCUUUAUCAGGUGCUACUAGAAAUUUUUUUUUUUCAUGUAAAUAUAGCCAGAAAAUUUUAAUAUUGAUGUUCUAUUUUUUCCUGCCUGAUUGAUGAAAUUUGAACCGCAUUAUAUAUGCAUACUAAGCAUUUGCUUGCGUA